AUGAUGCUUUUCAAGUCCUUGGCCAUUGCUUCGUUAGCCCUUUUGGCUAAGCAGGCAUCCGCGGCCUUCGGAAUUACUACUAGCACUGCUUCCUAUGUAAUCGAUGCUGGCUCUUCAAACGCCCUCAAGUUCACUGUCAGCCGGACAAACUGUGACAUUACUUCCAUCAAUUACUAUGGAUCCGAGCUUCAAUACCAGUCAACCGGUUCUCAUAUCGGAUCGGGUCUUGGUAGCGCAACUGUGUCUGCGACACAGAGUGGCGACUACAUCAAGGUGACCUGCGAAACGUCCACCUUGACACAUUAUUAUGUUGUCCACAAUGGAGAUUCGACCAUCCAUAUGGCAACGUACACAACUGCAGAACCCAGUAUUGGAGAACUUCGAUACAUUGCGCGCCUGAACGCAGAUCUGCUCCCCAACGAAGAGCCAUUCGGCGAUGUCUCCAACAUUGGAGGUGGUACCGUUGUUGAGGGAGAGGAUGUGUUCUUGGUUGAUGGAGAAACACGAAGCAAGUUCUACUCUAGCCAACGGUUUAUUGACGACAAUAUCCACUGUGUCUCUGGAAGCGCGCACCGCGUCUGCAUGAUCUUGAACCAAUACGAGACAUCGGCUGGCGGACCUUUCCAUCGCGAUAUCAACACCAACAAUGUCGGCUCUUACACUGGCCUGUACUGGUACAUGAACUCCGGACACGUUCAGACCGAGACCUACCGCCAGGGCCUGCACGGCCCUUACUCGAUGACCUUCAGCCGAAGCGGUACCCCCAGUUCCACCCUUGACACAUCGUUCUUUGCCGACCUCGGUAUCAAAGGAUACGUCGCUACGUCUGCGAGAGGCUAUGUCAAGGGUACUGCAUCUGGGGCUGACUCGGCUUUCAAAUGGGUGGUUCACUGGAAAAACGAUGCCGCACAGUACUGGACCUACACUUCGUCUUCUGGGGCUUUCACCUCCCCUGCCAUGAAGCCUGGCACCUACACCAUGGUAUACUAUCAAGGCGAAUACGCCGUUGCCACGUCCUCGGUGACGGUCACUGCCGGAUCAACCACGUCGAAGAGUAUCUCCGGGUCCGUGAAGACCGGGACAACAGUCUUCAAGAUCGGAGAUUGGGAUGGGACACCAAACGGCUUCCUCAACGCAGCCAACCAGCUCCGCAUGCAUCCCUCCGACACCCGCAUGUCCUCCUGGUCCCCGGGCACCUACACAGUGGGCAGUUCUAAGGUCUCUUCUUUCCCGAUGGCUCUCUUCAAAUCGGUCAAUUCACCGGUGACAAUUAAAUUCACGGCAUCUUCUUCGCAGACCGGGGCUGCGACGCUGAGAAUCGGCACAACCCUUUCCUUUGCCUCUGGCCGGCCCCAGGUUCAGAUCAAUAGUUAUUCCGGCGCCACCCCGGCUGCCCCGACUAACCUCAACUCCCGUGGCGUGACUCGCGGCGCAUACAGAGGUUUCGGCGAGGUUUACGAUGUUUCGAUUCCGGCUGGAACUAUCGUCGCUGGAACUAACACUAUCACCAUCAGUGUUGCUUCCGGUAGCUCUGGAGAUACUUACCUGAGCCCAAACUUUAUAUUUGAUUGCGUGGAGCUCUUCCAGUAA